GGUGGCAGUGGGUUUGAGUUUUCUAAGGUCGUCGAUUGGGUCAAUUCGUGUACGUGUUUUUGCCUUCGAUCUUUGUUUUAUAUUUCUCAAAUCAAAGAUCAAAUAGCGAUUCCCCAUUUCUCUGUCUCAAUUCCCCAAUCCCAUCCGCACCAACAUCAGCAGCAGCAGCAGCAGCCAUUUUUUGAUCCUCUAUUCGCUUUUCUUCUUCCCAACUUCGCUUGAUUUUCGCUGUUUCCAACUUCAUGGACUAGACGAGCAUGACGAAGUCCAAGAGUAUGUUACACAACCUCAUGAGACCAUUCAGAUUCGGUUCAUCAAGAGAUAACCAGGGCGAGGACGAUUUGGAGCAGAUUGCAGCUAAUGAACAGAAGUUUUUUCGGUUCGAAACCUUAGUUGAAGCUACCAACAAUUUUCACCCCACGAACAAGCUUGGCCAAGGCGGAUUUGGUCCAGUUUUCAAGGGGAAGUUAAAGGAUGGAAGAGUGAUUGCAGUUAAGAAGUUGUCACAAUAUUCAAAACAAGGAAAAAAAGAGUUUAUGACUGAGGCCAAAUUGUUGGCUCGUGUGCAGCACAGAAAUGUUGUCAAUUUGUUGGGUUACUGUGUGCAUGGUUCAGAAAAAUUACUGGUUUACGAAUACGUCACGAAUGAGAGCCUCGACAAGCUUCUCUUUACAGAAGCCAACAGACGAGGAGAACUUGAUUGGAAGAUGAGGUAUGGCAUAAUCUUUGGCGUAGCACGAGGGUUGCAAUAUCUUCAUGUAGACUCACAUAAUGUCAUUAUCCAUCGUGACAUUAAGGCCGGUAACGUUUUGUUGGAUGAUAAAUGGGUCCCUAAGAUUGCGGAUUUCGGUAUGGCUCGUCUCUUCCCGGAAGAUCAAACUCAUGUCAAUACUCGUGUUUCUGGUACAAACGGGUAUAUGGCUCCCGAAUAUGUAAUGCACGGGCAUCUAUCUGCGAAGGCAGAUGUAUUUAGCUUUGGUGUUUUAGUGUUGGAGCUUAUCAGUGGCCAGCGAAACUCGUUAUCAUCUGGUUUAUUUAUGGACGCCGAAAAUUUACUAGAGUGGGCUUACAAGCUUUACAAGAAAGGCAGGAGCUUGGAGAUCAUGGACCCAACUUUAGCAUCAUCAGCUGAUCCUGACCAAGUUACAAUGUGCACUCAGAUAGGAUUGCUUUGCACACAAGGCGAUCCGCACCUACGGCCGACCAUGCCACAUGUAGUUUUGACCCUGUCGAGGAGACCUGGUACUUUGGAGGAACCAACAAGACCGGGAAUGCCUGGUUCUCGAUAUAGAAGAACACGUAGGACAAGCGUAUCGUCCUCCAAUGCUGGAACUUCUGGUGCAUCAGAUUCCUAUGCUUCGACGACCAAUACUACUGGAACUAUUACUGCAACGGCAACUGCAACUGCAAAUGAGAUUGCUUCUGGUUCUUCUUCAGUUAGUCAAGGAUACGUUACUCGUGGGAAAACUAUUACCGCAACCGAAAACGAAAUUGCUUCUGGUUCUUCUUCAGUUAGUCAAGGAUACGAUACUCGUGGGAAACGUCCCAUGGAAGGUUAGGGUCUUUUCUAAUAGGUUCAUUCUUUUUGUUCACAAGUUUUGUACCCUUGGUUUAUUAGAAUGUAAAUGUGGCUGUGGAAAGUUUUUGCUUGGAUCGCCAUUCCUUCCCCAUUCCCCCUUUCUCAUCACAUUUUUUGUGUACAGUAAAAGUUUGCAGUUGUAGGCCCAAUCCCCAAUGUACAAAGAUCUGCACUCUGUAUUUUCAACAAACUUUGACCAUUCUUCUUCA